AUGGGUGAAAAUUUCAGCACAAUUACACACACAAUAGAAGUUAAUUGUUCGUCCGAAAAAUAUAGUAACAUUUUAUGCAAAUGUUUAUCAAGUGAUGAGUCUUUAAAACAAAAUAGAUUGUAUAAAAAUAUAAAUGUAUCUGGAGAAACUAUAAAAAUAGAAUUACAAAGCAAUACAUACGAAGAUAUAAGAUAUAAAGCUAAAAACAUUUACGAUUAUUUACAUUUUUUUUUUAAAGCAAUAGAAACAUUUGCUUAG